UCGCUUUGCCUCGCAGAGGCGCAGGUGUCUGGCCGGCAGCCGGGGGCGUUCGCCUCGCCGAGCCCCGCUCCGCUCCGCUCCCCAGCACUGGCUGCAGCGCCCGCCCCCCCGCCGGGGAAGGAAAGCGCCAGAAAAGGUAUUCGCAGGUCUGAAGAAACCCACCAUGGGCUGCUCCGGGCGGGUCGCGUCCUGGUUUCUGCUGCUGGUGGGCUCGGCCCCUCUGCUCCGAGGGCUGCCGCUGAAGGAUGUGUCGCCUGUGACCCCCUCCCCGCAGCUGGAGGCCUCCUCGCUGGGGGGCCCGGGCAGUGGCUCAGCCCUGGGGGGCUCCACGCCACCCCCUGGGGUCCCCGAGGGUUUGUCUGAGCUGCUGCAGGGCGUCCUGCUGAAGAAGGAGUUUCUGGGGCAGGCCGAGCCCCUCCCCGGAAGCCCCUCAGCCCCGCGACCCCCAGCCUCGCUGUCGCCCCCCCAGCGCCUGGACCCCAAGGUCCUCGGCACGGACGCGGCCUCACCGCUCACCACGGUGGUGCUGCCCCCCCAGCCCACUGCCCCGGGGGGCCCCGGCUUCCUCACCACCCCCCCGGGCUCCACCGCUGCCCCCCUGCGCCUGCUGCCCCCUCCCGCAGGGGGCGAUGAGGGGGGCCAUGUCGCCAUGACAACCUACGUCCCCGAGGGCGAUGAGGAAACCACGACAACGCUCAUCACUACGACGACCAUCACCACGGUGCAUGCGCCCGUCCUUUGCAAUAACAACAUCUCGGAGGUGGAGGGUUACGUGGAGUCCCCGGACUACGCGGGGGCCGCGUUCGACGGGGGGCUGGACUGUACCUACAGCAUCCGAGUCUACAUGGGCUACGGGGUCGAGGUGCAGGUGCAGACCCUGAACCUGUCCAAGGACGACUCCCUCACCGUGGAGGGGCUGGGCGGCGAGACGCCGGCCGUCCUGGCCAACGAGUCCCUGAUGGUGGAGGGUCAGGUGAUCCGCAGCCCGACCAAUCAGGUGCUGAUUCACUUCCAGAGCUACCACGCCACCCCCCCCAGCGUCUUCAAGUUCCACUACCAGGCCUUUCUGCUGAGCUGCGGCUUCCCCGGCCGGCCGGAGAACGGGGACGUGAGCGUCACCGACCUGCACCCGGGCGGCGCCGCCACCUUUAAGUGCGAGCCGGGCUUCCGCUUGCAGGGGGAGGAGACGCUGGUCUGCCUCAACGUCAGCCGCCCCCGCUGGAGCGGGGCCAGCCCGGCCUGUGGGGCGGCCUGCGGGGGGGCCGUGCGAAACGCCUCCCACGGGCGCAUUGUGGCCCCCGAGGGGCCGGGAGGACGCGGCGCCAACCUGACCUGCCGCUGGCUCCUGGAGGCACCGGACGGGCAGCGGCUCCACCUGCACUUCGAGCGCCUGGCGCUGGAUGAGGACAAUGACCGGCUGGUGAUCCGCAGCGGCAGCAGCCGACUCUCCCCCCUGAUCUACGACUCGGACAUGGACGACGUGCCGGAGCGGGGGCUGCUGAGCGACGCCCAGUCCCUCUUCCUGGAGCUGGUGUCCGAGAGCCCCAGCGCCCCCCUCAUCCUGGGGCUGCGCUACGAGGCCUUCGACGAGGACCGGUGCUACGAGCCGUUCCUGGCGCACGGGAACUUCAGCACGUCGGACCCGCUGUACCGGGUGGGGGCGCAGGUGGAGUUCGCCUGCAGCGCCGGGUACGUGCUGGAGCCGGGCCCCGCCACCAUCGAGUGCGUCGACCCCUCGGACCCGCAUUGGAACGAGAGCGAAGCCACCUGCAAAGCGCUGUGUGGGGGGGAGCUGUCGGACCCCGCUGGCGUGGUGCUCUCCCCCGACUGGCCCCAGAGCUACGGCAAAGGCCAGGACUGCGUCUGGAACAUCCGCGUGCAGGAGGAGAAGCGGGUCCUGCUGGACAUCGAAAUCCUAAACAUCCGGAAGAGCGACGUGCUGACGGUGCUGGACGGCGAGGACCUGACGGGCCGGGUGCUGGGGCAGUACAUGGGUGCCCAUCCCCGCUUCCGCCUCUACACCUCGGCCAGCGCCGCCACCCUGCAGUUCCAGUCGGACCCCAGCGACCCCCUCUUCGGCCUCAGCCAGGGCUUCCUCAUCCGCUUCUCUGAGGUGCCCCGGAACGACACAUGCCCGGAGCUGCCAGAGGUGGAGUUUGGCUGGCGCACGGCCUCGCACGCGGCUGCCAUCCGGGGCACGGUGCUCACCUACCAGUGCGAGCCGGGCUACGACAUCGUGGGCUCUGACAUCCUCACCUGCCAGUGGGACCUGGCCUGGAGCAACAGCCCCCCCACCUGCCAGAAGAUCGUGAACUGUGCUGACCCAGGGGAGAUCGCUAAUGGGAAGCGAAGCGUCUCAGACCGACGCUUCUCCAUUGGUUCCCACGUCCAGUACUUCUGCCAUGAGGGCUACGUGGUGGAGGGGAGCAGCACCCUGACCUGCUACAACCGUGACACUGGAACCCCCAAAUGGAGCGACCGCGUCCCCAAGUGUGUCUUGAAGUACGAGCCGUGUCUGAACCCUGGCGUGCCCGAGAACGGCUACCAGACACUCUACAAGCAUCACUACCAGGCGGGCGAGUCGCUGCGUUUCUUCUGCUACGAGGGCUUCGAGCUCAUCGGGGAAGUGACCAUCACCUGCGUCCCGGGGCACCCGUCCCAGUGGACCAGCCAGCCACCCCUCUGCAAAGUGGCGUAUGAGGAGUUACUGGAUGACCGGAAGCUAGAAGUCACCCAGACGACAGACCCCUCCCACCAGAUGGAGGGGGGUAACAUCGCCCUGGCAAUCUUCCUGCCAAUCAUCCUGGUCAUUCUCCUGAUUGGUGGCAUUUACGUCUAUUACACCAAGUUCCAGGGCAAGUCCUUGUUCGGCUUCUCGUUCUCCAGCUCCCACAGCUACAGGCCCAUCACCGUGGAGUCCGACUUCAGCAACCCCCUCUACGAGGCUGGGGACACCAGGGAAUACGAAGUGUCCAUCUGACGGGGCCCUGUCCCCCGUCCGGAGCGAGGGGGCGUCUUGCAGAAGGGAAGAGACGACGUGGGGGGGUAAAGGGGGGACAGCACGUGGAGGAGGGGCCAUGUCCUAUCUCUCUGCUCACGCCAUCCCAGAAUGCCUUGCUCCCCCCACCUCCCCUCCCACUUUGUACAUAUCCAGGUCCAUGUGCCAACGCUCACAGUUUUCUGCUUCGGUAAUUAAUUAAUUUAUAACCCCGUUCCCAGUUAUUUAUUUAUUUAUUUAUUUAAUUUAUUUGCAAAAAGAAGAACAGGAGUACUUGUGGCACCUUAGAGACUAACAAAUUUAUUAGAGCAUAAGCUUUCGUGGACUACAGCCCACUUCUUCGGAUGCAUAUAGAAUGGAACAUAUAAUGAGGAGAUAUAUAUACACACAUACAGAGAGCAUAAACAGGUGGGAGUUGUCUUACUAACUCUGAGAGGCCAAUUAAUUAAGAGAAAAAAAAAAAAAAAAAAAAACUUUUGAAGUGAUAAUCAAGCUAGCCGAGUACAGACAGUGUGAUAAGAAGUGUGAGAGUACUUACAAGGGGAGAUAGUCAACGUUUGUAAUGGCUCAGCCAUUCCCAGUCCUUAUUCAAACCGGAGUUGAUUGUGUCUAGUUUGCAUAUCAAUUCUAGCUCUGCAGUCUCUCUUUGGAGUCUGUUUUUGAAG